AGGGCAAUUUAUCGUGCAAACUUGAUCAGAUUACAAUCCGUGAUCCAGUAACUGGUUCGAUUCAGUGCCAGGCCUGUCUUAAAUGCCCACCUGGAGAGGGACUUUCAGUCAAUUGCGGGGACGUGAUAACCCCUUCAACACCAGUGCAGUGCAAACCAUGUGUGCUAGGAGAGACGUUUUCUGCUUCCUUCAAUGCAGCAGCUUGUGAAGACUGUGGAAAUUGCGGUGAGUACCGUGAAACGACGAAAACCUGUACCGUGACCUCCAAGGCGGAGUGUGGAAGGUGCAAAACGGGUGCGUAUGCCGAAGGCAUGCUUGGACUAUGCAAGCCCUGCUCUCCGUGCUGUAAUGAUAAUAACGAUAUAAUUAUACCCGAGUGUCAAGUUUCAGGUGUACGAAAAGGCAUGCAGUGUAGCUACCUGCGAUCUGACAAGUGCAGCGCAUUGACGGCUUCAAGUAUGAGCACGACGCAGUCAACCUCUCUACCAGAUCAGUCCACGACCCAAUGGCGGCCAACCCCUUCUACAAUCAACAGCGAAGUAAUCUCUUCUUCGAGUGAGCCAGUCUCCAACCUGAUUGGAGACGCCUCACCAAAUAUGGGCAUCAUAGCUGGUUCUUUUGUGGGCGGUCUCUUUGUUGUCAUCACGAUCUUCGUCAUCGCGUGCUACAAAGCUAUGCGUAAAGGCCGAAAGGCCCCACCGAUGAGGAUUGGUGUGGUUGUGGUGGAAAACGGAGCUGGCCAGACGAAAAAUCAAAAACAAGGAAAUGGUAAAGACGAUAAACAAGUCAAUCAAACACAAACAGAGGGUAGAGUCUCUCUGCCACCCGAAGGUCCGUACGAAGAGAGUCCACUUCCACUUCCCACUCAGGAGGAGGCUGGUGAUAAGAGUCCCGAAAAAAUAGGAAUGCAAGAGACCACGCGUCCUUUAUCAUGCCAGAGUAGUUUAGUUUUAGAUUCUAAACUUGAUUCUAAACUUGUCUAUGGUGAGGCAGUGUACCGAAUCGUCUAAAGAGCCAGCACACAGUCCCCUCAAUGUUGUCACCAUGACGACCACUGUCACGAUGUCCAAAAUCACAGAUGAGGAGGUCACUCCGGUUUGACCACAACAGCCAUCAGCUCCAAUAAAUUGGACAAUAGCCCGAUAAUUUUUGCAGGGUAGUCUUGCGUUUACUGACAGAGAAAUCAGAACAUUUUAAGUACUCAGUUUAGUUGUUUCUAAUCGUUUUAAAACGUCUAAAUGCUCGAUUCACUCUUGUUUCAAGACUCUUCGUUUUCUUGAUUGUAACUGAUAACGCUUCCGUAAGAUCAUUAGCUUUUAGCAUUUUCUCUCAACAGCCAGAGACUGAUGAGUAAUAUUGGUGAAGCUAUGACGACAAGCAAAUUAAUUUGAGCAAACUUUUAAAGGAGAAAUCAUAAAAGGGAACCUCCACUUUUUUGAUAAAUAGCACUCAAAAUGUUCUACAUGUACUACUCAAAAGAUCUUUUAUUAAACAAUUUCCGGUUCAAUAAGCGAUCUAAUUUUUUUUUUUAUCGUUUUCCAAAGAGGGAUCUCAAAGCCAUCUAGAGCAGUGCGUGAUGCACUGGACUGAUGAGAAAU